UCUUCCACACGCGUAGCAUUUCACAGCCCCUUUGUCACCGAGCAGUGGCAGAAUCGAUCCGCAGUCGGAGCAAAAUCCGGCAGGACUAUUGAAACAAACUCUCUCCCCGUCGAGUGCCAUAAUCCGAUUGAAAAAUCCUUUAUUGACCAGCUCUAGGCUAGGAUCUCUCACCUGCUGAUCUCAUUAGGGAGAGGGUCCCUGCGAUGGUUGCACUGCUCCUCCAUCAAUCAAAAAUGAGAAUUUCGAAAAUCUUGGCGACUUCCAUGAUGAUGACAGUCCUGGCUCAAUCUACAUCAGCGCAAAACAUAACGCUAUUUGAUUUCACAAGAGCGGAUAACGUGGACCAGUGGAGUGAGAUAUCGGAUACAGUGAGGACAGUGGGAAUGUCGAAGGCUGCGCUAACACUUCAAAAGACUCAAGUAUUUCAAAGAGCUGUUUUCUUUACACUUUUGAAUCCACAACCAAAUGGAGCUGGCUUUGCUGGUGUGAGAGUUCCAACGGUCUGGAAUUUGACGGAAUAUCGUAAUAUCGAGAUCAAGUGUCGAGGACAGGGUGCCAAUGACCAUUAUAAAGUCGUGUUGAGGCAUAAAGGACUCAGCGCUAAUAAUGAGAUCUCUUACGAACAAUUUUUUACGGUGCCACUAUCGACCGAGGAAUUCUCAACGAUAACUCUUCCCCUCGUUGAAUUCAAACCAUACUUCCGGGGGCGUCAAAAACCAGACGGAGAGCCUCUGGAUACAGCGAGGAUAACAAUGUUUGGCCUCCAAGUUUACGGGGGUGUUUACUCGGCAUUUAAACAGAAGGGAGUGUCAGCACUCGAAGUCGAGACAAUUGUUGCAACCACGUAGAUGCACAAGGAUACACCAUUAUUUUUCUAUCUAACGCUCCUCCUGUGUUUCGAAUUCUUUUGUCUGUUCCAGAUUAUUUCUUUCUAUUGUUCGUUGGACAAAGAAUGAAAUUUUAGAAAUAGAAAAACACAACGUCAACACGAAAAUAUGAGAGGAGCUUUGGAAUUAUGUACUCUAUUGUUUAAAUAUACUGGUAAUUACUCAUUAAAUUACUUGUUAUAAGGAAAAUGAAACACUAUGGAUGAUUGAAAGGGAAUCAAUAAUGGGAGCGAAAUAAGCUUCUCCCUGUAAACAAAUAAACGAAUAAAGGAAUUAUUAAUGAAUGAAGAAA